UUGACAGUUCUUUUCCAAUAGUGUUCUUAUUCCACAUAAUCUGUUUACAAAUAAAAGUAAUUGGUUCAGGGCUCAAAGUGAUGCCACCAAAGCGGAAAGCCCCCACAACUGACGAAGACGACGACGAGUAUCGAAAGAAGCGCGACCGAAACAAUCAAGCCGUAAAACGGAGUCGGGUGAAAUCAAAACAACGCACGGAGGAAACCCAACAAACGGUCAAUGAGCUGCGAGUCAAAAAUGAAGUUCUAGAGGAUAAAAUUAAAAAUCAAACCAAGGAACUGAAAUUUCUGAAGGAACUUUUCCUAACGCAAGCGCAGGCCAAAUCCGACAAGUUGGUUGGAGUCAAUCUGGCGGAUCUGCUGAAGAGCUCAGACGAUGAGGAUGAUGAGGAGGAGGAACAGAGUAAAAGUGCUGGCCGUAAAAAGAAGAUCGCGGGGAAGGCAAGUAGGAAGGCGGGAACUUCUAGUAAAAGUUGAGAUUGAGGUGUAAAUUGCCAUGUGAGGAUAUUUGCACGUUACAAUGUAUUUGUAUGUAACAUAUAUGUUUUGCUUUAGUAAUAACGAC